AUGACCAUGGCCGGUGGCAGGAAGGGACUGGUGGCCCCGCAAAACACGUUUCUGGAGAAUAUUGUCCGGCGGUCCAAUGAUACUAAUUUUGUAUUGGGGAAUGCCCAGAUAGUGGACUGGCCUAUCGUGUACAGCAAUGAUGGAUUUUGCAAGCUGUCUGGCUAUCACAGGGCGGAAGUGAUGCAAAAAAGCAGUACCUGCAGUUUUAUGUACGGGGAGCUGACUGAUAAAGACACCAUUGAAAAGGUGCGGCAAACAUUUGAGAACUAUGAGAUGAAUUCCUUUGAAAUUUUGAUGUACAAGAAGAACAGGACACCUGUGUGGUUCUUUGUGAAAAUUGCUCCAAUUCGAAAUGAACAGGAUAAAGUGGUUUUAUUUCUUUGCACUUUCAGUGACAUAACAGCUUUCAAACAGCCGAUUGAGGAUGAUUCAUGUAAAGGCUGGGGGAAGUUUGCUCGGCUGACCAGAGCACUGACAAGCAGCAGGGGUGUCCUGCAGCAGCUGGCUCCCAGCGUGCAAAAAGGCGAGAACGUCCACAAGCACUCCCGCCUGGCCGAGGUUCUGCAGCUGGGCUCAGACAUCCUUCCCCAAUACAAGCAAGAGGCACCAAAGACUCCCCCUCACAUCAUCUUACAUUAUUGUGUUUUCAAGACCACGUGGGAUUGGAUCAUCUUGAUCUUAACCUUCUAUACAGCCAUCCUGGUCCCUUAUAAUGUCUCCUUUAAAACCAGGCAGAACAACGUGGCCUGGCUGGUUGUGGAUAGCAUCGUGGAUGUUAUCUUUCUGGUGGACAUUGUGCUGAAUUUUCAUACCACUUUUGUUGGACCAGCUGGGGAGGUGAUUUCCGACCCCAAACUCAUCCGCAUGAACUAUCUGAAGACGUGGUUUGUGAUUGACCUUCUGUCCUGUUUGCCAUAUGAUGUCAUCAACGCUUUUGAGAACGUGGAUGAGGUUAGUGCCUUUAUGGGUGAUCCAGGGAAGAUUGGUUUUGCUGAUCAGAUUCCACCACUCCUGGAGGGGAGAGAGAGUCAGGGCAUCAGCAGCCUGUUCAGCUCUCUGAAGGUUGUCCGGCUGCUCCGUCUGGGGCGAGUGGCCCGGAAGCUGGACCACUACAUUGAAUAUGGAGCAGCCGUGCUGGUCCUGCUGGUGUGUGUGUUUGGGCUGGCUGCUCACUGGAUGGCCUGCAUCUGGUACAGCAUCGGGGACUAUGAGAUCUUUGACGAGGACACGAAGACCAUCCGCAACAACAGCUGGCUCUACCAGCUGGCAAUGGACAUUGGCACCCCUUACCAGUUUAACGGGUCCGGCUCAGGGAAAUGGGAAGGGGGUCCCAGCAAGAAUUCCGUGUACAUCUCCUCGUUGUAUUUCACCAUGACCAGCCUCACCAGUGUGGGCUUUGGGAACAUCGCCCCAUCCACAGACAUCGAGAAGAUCUUUGCAGUGGCCAUCAUGAUGAUUGGUUCACUUCUGUAUGCCACCAUCUUCGGGAAUGUGACAACUAUUUUCCAGCAGAUGUACGCCAACACCAAUAGGUAUCAUGAGAUGCUCAACAGCGUCCGGGACUUCCUGAAGCUCUACCAGGUUCCCAAGGGACUAAGCGAGCGCGUCAUGGAUUACAUCGUGUCUACCUGGUCCAUGUCCAGAGGCAUCGACACAGAGAAGGUCCUGCAGAUCUGCCCCAAGGACAUGAGAGCUGACAUCUGCGUGCACCUGAACCGCAAGGUGUUCAAGGAGCACCCGGCCUUCCGGCUGGCCAGCGACGGCUGCCUGCGGGCACUGGCCAUGGAGUUCCAGACGGUGCACUGCGCCCCAGGGGACCUCAUCUACCACGCAGGAGAGAGUGUUGACAGCCUCUGCUUUGUGGUCUCCGGCUCCCUGGAGGUGAUCCAGGAUGACGAGGUGGUAGCCAUUCUAGGGAAGGGAGAUGUGUUUGGAGACGUGUUCUGGAAGGAAGCCACCCUUGCCCAGUCCUGUGCCAACGUCAGGGCCUUGACCUACUGUGACCUGCAUGUGAUCAAGCGGGACGCCCUGCAGAAAGUGCUGGAAUUCUACACAGCCUUCUCCCACUCCUUCUCCCGGAACCUCAUUCUCACCUACAACUUGAGGAAGAGGAUCGUGUUCCGGAAGAUCAGCGAUGUGAAACGGGAGGAGGAAGAGCGCAUGAAACGGAAGAACGAGGCCCCCCUGAUCUUGCCGCCGGACCACCCUGUCCGGCGGCUCUUCCAGAGGUUCCGACAGCAGAAGGAGGCCAGGCUGGCUGCGGAGAGGGGCGGCCGGGACCUGGACGACCUGGAUGUGGAGAAGGGCAGCAUCCUCACCGAGCACACCCACCACGGCCUGGUGAAGGCCAGCGUCGUCACCGUCCGCGAGAGCCCUGCCACGCCUGUGGCCUUCCCUGCGGCCGCCGCAUCCACAGGGCUGGACCACGCCAGGCUGCAGGCGCCGCCGGGGGCCGACUGCCUGGGCCCCAAGGCCGGCGGGGGUGACUGGGCCAAGCGCAAGGGCUGGGCCCGCUUCAAGGACUCCUGCGGGAAGGCUGAGGACUGGAGCAAGGUGUCCAAGGCCGAGUCCAUGGAGACGCUCCCCGAGAGGACAAAGGCGAGCGGUGAGGCCACGCUCAAGAAGACAGACUCGUGUGACAGUGGCAUCACCAAGAGCGACCUGCGUCUGGACAGCGUGGGCGAGGCCAGGAGCCCCCAGGACCGGAGCCCCAUCUUGGCCGAGGUCAAGCAUUCGUUCUACCCCAUCCCUGAGCAGACACUGCAGGCCACCGUCCUGGAGGUGAAACACGAGCUGAAGGAGGACAUCAAGGCCUUGAACACCAAAAUGACGAACAUUGAGAACCAGCUCUCUGAGAUACUCAGGAUAUUAACUUCCAGAAGAUCCUCUCAGUCUCCUCAGGAGCUGUUUGAAAUAUCGAGGCCCCAGUCCCCAGAAUCAGAGAGGGACAUUUUUGGAGCGAGCUGA